GCCUCCAUGAAUGUCUUCCACGAACAGCUGGCAGUGGGGAGAGAAAAACAACAGAGCGCUGCAGCCCGAGUGGAGAAUCUCCUGCUCGGCCUCACGGAGCACACCUCAGGGGUCUGACCGUAUCUUUUCCGUACAAGUACAAGAACGCCCAUCUUUUCUCCCACUUUCCUCGCUGCAUCACAGGGCGCAUGCUCAGACCUCCGGCGGUGCAGUUGUUUUGCCACACAGAUCUGAGCGACACUGAAAGACUUUAAAGAUGACCACUUCAUGGAGUGACAGACUGCAGAACUAUGCAGACCUGCCUGCCAACAUGGACAGAAUGUCAAUGAAAAAAUACAGACGAGAGCCGUACCACAGAGUCUUUGUCAACAGAAGCUUGGCAAUGGAGAAGAUUAAGUGCUUUGGCUUCGAUAUGGAUUACACUUUGGCAGUGUACAAAUCACCAGAGUAUGAGUCACUCGGAUUUGAGCUGACGGUGGAGCGGCUGGUUUCCAUCGGUUACCCACAGGAACUGUUAAGCUUCGUCUAUGAUCCGUCUUUUCCUACCAGGGGCCUUGUGUUCGACACCAUGUAUGGAAACCUGUUGAAGGUUGAUGCCUACGGUAAUAUACUGGUCUGCGUCCAUGGAUUCAACUUCCUCAGAGGUCCCGAGAUCAGGGAGCGCUACCCAAACAAGUUCAUCCAGAGAGAUGAUACAGAGCGCUUUUAUAUCCUGAACACGCUCUUCAACCUUCCAGAAACCUACCUAUUUGCAUGCUUAGUGGAUUUCUUCUCCAACUGUGAUAGAUACACAAGCUGCGAAACCGGUUUCAAGGAUGGCGACCUUUUCAUGUCCUACAAGAGCAUGUUCCAGGAUGUCCGUGAUGCUGUUGACUGGGUUCAUUUCAAGGGAACUCUGAAGGAGAAAACUGUGGAGAAUCUGGAGAAGUAUGUUGUGAAAGAUGGAAAGUUGACUCUUCUCCUGAGUCGAAUGAAUGAAGUAGCCAAGGUUUUUUUGGCUACCAACAGUGACUACAAGUACACUGACAAAAUCAUGACCUACCUGUUUGACUUCCCUUACGGCCCGAAGCCUGGUACUUCCCACCGACCCUGGCAGUCCUACUUUGACCUCAUUCUGGUGGACGCUAGGAAGCCGUUGUUUUUUGGCGAGGGGACAGUGCUCCGACAAGUGGACACGACCACAGGGCGACUAAAGAUAGGCACCUAUACCGGACCUCUGCAGCACGGUAUCGUCUACUCCGGAGGUUCUUCGGACAUCGUGUGUGACCUGUUGGGAGCCAAAGGCAAAGACAUUGUGUACAUUGGAGACCAUAUCUUUGGAGACAUACUCAAGUCCAAGAAGCGCCAAGGCUGGAGGACCUUCUUGGUCAUCCCUGAGCUCGCCCAGGAGCUGCACGUGUGGACCGACAAGAGCUCUUUAUUUGAGGAGCUGCAAGGCCUUGACAUUUUCUUAGCAGAACUCUACAAACAUCUGGACAGCAGCAGUAAUGAAAGGCCAGACAUCAGCACUAUUCAGAGAAGAGUCAAGAAAGUCACCCACGACAUGGAUAUGUGCUACGGCAUGAUGGGCAGUCUGUUCCGCAGCGGCUCCAGGCAGACCCUGUUUGCCUCCCAAGUGAUGCGCUACGCCGACCUUUAUGCAGCCUCCUUCAUCAACCUGCUGUACUACCCCUUCAGCUACCUCUUCAGGGCUGCACAUGUGCUCAUGCCCCACGAGUCCACAGUGGAGCACACGCACGUGGACAUCGACGCCGAGUCGCCGUUGGCCACGCGCAACCGCAACCACUGCAGCGACUGCAAGGACUUGGAGUGCAAACGCAACCAGCUGACCCGCUCCUUCAGCGAGAUCAAACCUCCCAACCUGUUCCCUCAGACGCCACAGGAGAUCACCCACUGCCAUGACGAGGACGACGACGAGGAAGAAGAGGAAGAAGAGGAAUAAUGAACCUGUCAGGGUAUUUGGAGGGUUUGUAGGGUGCGUCUAACAACACUCUAUGCACACACACGACAACACUGGACGUUUUUGAGUGAGAAUGAACGCAUCACAUGACUCGUUUUUUUAAUCGAUUUAAUUUAGAGUUUCCUUUGGUGACAGACACUCCAUUGUGUGGUUUUAACGUGACCGUUUCAGGUCCACAUGAAGCAUGACUCGCACAAGACUAGCAUUGCCAUAACGAUGUGUCAGCACGUUAUUCAUUCUUAUGAGUAUUCAUCACAUCCAUGACGGUCGCUUCGUAUGAAAAAUGGGGAACAACAGGCUUUUCAUUUUGUGUCGUUUUUUGUCAUUUUAGAUGUCUUGUUUGUGUAAGCGUGCGUGUGAGAGUGCGUCUACCCACCGUCAGGAGGGGGAAGGUGUCGCGGUGCGCGGUUGGCUAUUGCCCCCCCGAUAUCUGGUUACCUAGCAACAAUGAGGACACAGUACUGUAUUACAGGCUGAUAGUUGCUGUGGCAACGCUGAAGCUUGUGUAAACAACAUGUGAAGCGUAAAGUAUUUUUUCACCACAGUUUUCAUGCAAAGCGAUUUCAAGUUUAGGAACUGUUGAUAAAAAAGCAAAAGAGCCACUCUGAGAAUGGAAUUUUAAGCAACUUUUUAUUUCCAUUUCUUUGCCUUUGACAGAACGUUGUCCCGCUAAAGCAAACGUUAUGACAGUUAAUGAGCUUGUGAGCGCGUUCGCUGCUCCUUUGGUUGCAUAACUUCAAAUAUGCAUGUUUUUUUUUAAGUGUAUGUGGAUUGUUAGCAUUUUAGAAAUGUACUCACUGUAGACCCGAAACAAAAUGUAACCCAAGCUGGAACUAUUAAAAAAAAAAGUGAAUAGCACGUUAGAAGCUGUAACUAAAAUGUUAGACUUUUAAAAAAAAUAUGUGGGUUUACACAAGUGUUAAUGGAAUGUUCCAUUACCUUCCUUGACUGUUAACUUUGGCUUAGAUUUUAUUGCAAACACGGAACUCAAGUCUAAGCUUAGAUUGUGUAUUUUUUCUUACUGGCAUGAUGUCCUGAACGCAUCAUUUUAGCAAGGAGUCCUGUCCUGUCAUUUUCCUAAAUAAUUUUAUGCAUAUUCAUUAUCCAGUGUUUCCUUUAUUCCCAGAUGUUCCUGCAGUGUGCACAUUAAAGGACAUGGCCUGCAAAUGUAUAAUAAAGAUAGUUUUUCAUA